AUGGCUUCAGAUCCCACCAAAGUGCUCAUCCUCCCCUUCCUGCAAAGAUGGGAGCAAGCGUCUUCGAAGCUUUCUCUCCGCAUUCUGAUCAUACCCCGCGACCCCUUCAUCAUUCCCUUCGUUGAGGAAAACCCCAAUUCCACAGCAUUCUUCCCAAACGUCCAGUUCACCUUCAACAUACGACUUCUCCCCAGCCUACAACAGCUGCCAACGCCGCAAUCAGGAGAGACUGUCCAGACCGUUUCCCUCCCAGUUGACCCUCACUACUUGGAGGUAUUCAAGAAGCUGCAAGAAAACUAUGGAAGCAUCAUCGACAAAAGUCCCACUCGCAUUGCCCGACCCGCCGGAGCGACCCCUUUACUGGUGAGAAAGCAUCUUCCCGUCUCAUAUCGCGAUGCAACCGGAUAUACGCCGACUGGGAGUGAGUUGUUCACGACGGACGACACAUAUUCGUGCGCGAUGAAGAAAUUGCAGCCCAAGGCGUGGGAGAAGUUCAAGGCGCGGCCAUUCGCGCCAUCCUGGGGAGAGCUGAUCGCAUCAAUACUUCGGAUCCCGGACUUUGGAGUGAAGGCGGGGCUUAUUCGUGUCUUUGAUAUUUCUAUUCCGGCAGCAAAGGCGGAGAAUGGCGGCUAUCUCUGGCUUGAACUCGAUGGGCAUACUUCGACUGUAAUCGGCGUAAACGCCUCCUCGCCUGCGAAGACAUAUGCAACGCGCAUUCCCGCUCUGAAUGAGUCGAGAGAUCUGUUCAGUCCCGUGCUUUUUCCCGUACAGGGCACAGCACCAUCUGUCGAGUACGACAGCAUCUCUCGAGAAGCCGGAGAUUACUUGGACGGUUGGGUCAAGGCGGUUCAUUGCGUGCAACCAACCAAUGCACUCGUCACCAGCGAGCAGAAGAACGAUUCCAGGCCCGUAAAAGAUCUAGGAAUACGCCUGGGGUGGGACGACGAGCAGGUCACCAUCUGGGCGAACAGACAGAUGAAUCCGGACCCCGCGAAGCGUGGAUACGACGAGUUCCCCUUGGGUGUUCACGGCUACCGGGUCGAUGUGAAAGAUGCCUCAUCCAACUCGUGGUACUCCCUCAGUCGCGCCGAAGGGACCUUCGGCAUUGAAGGAGCUGUCAUUGGGGACAUCACAAGUGAGCUCGGAGUGGAUGUCCAUCCGUUUAAGACAAUGCUGGAUGCUAAAGCUGACCCCAACUACUGGCUUCCAAUGUACUUUGCAAAUUGGGUCCAAACCUCCCUGGUAGGAAUGGACCAGGACAGCAUGGCUAUUCUCGGAAGACAAAUGCCCUCGUCAGGUGUGCAUCGUGGGGUCGUGGAUCCCGCUCUGCAACUCCGCUAUGGGAAGUCGUACCAGUUCCGUGUUCGCCUCAUGGAUCAUACAGGAGGAGGGCCUGCUAUAGGGUCUACACCCUCAAAUCUCGGAGCUAGUCCUAGUGCUGCGAUCAUUUUCCGUCGAUGGAUAAAGCCACUCACGCCAACCCUCGUUGGACCCAUGCCCUCGCUCAAAGAUGAGCAUGGAGCCGAGAAUAUUCCCGAGGUAGCUCUUCUUGAGUUCAAGCGCCCCGCGAUGUCGUACCCUGCAUGCGUGUUCGCGGGGUUUCCGAACGCCGUUGCAGAACUGAAAAGAAAGGCAGCAGAUAUCGCAAGGCGUGUUGCGCAAAUGCCGCCAGACUCAGCUGAUUUCCUGCCAGAGCCCUCGCUUCCCGAUCCAGAUGUUGACCGGGUGGAAAUCACUGUGUUAGUUCAGACAGUUCCGCAGGAUCCGCUAGCAUCAGAUGGUCCAUACAUGAUCCUGUACACCACCACACGCCGCUUCCCUGAUGACUUCUCGGCGUCAGUCAAAGUGGCUGUGCAGUUCCAAGACUGCGCCGAUAUCUGGCACCCACCAGCGGCAUGGAAGAGCACGGCGACUGAAGGACCAGUAUUGCUCCCAAAGGCACGGACGAUCAGGCUGCGCAUCAAUGCACUCUGCAGAGACGAGCCUAACGUCGAGAACCGGUACUUUGGGGAAGAGGACGUACGUCGGGGCCCGCAGCUUGUCAUUCCAUUGCGCAAAAACUCGGCAUCGGAACAGAAUCUCUUUGCACCAAACCCGCCCAGUUACACAAUCAAUGGCUUUUUCAUGCAACCAGAUUUGGACAUGACGGCCAAGCUCGCGGCCGCGCUCGGCCUUCGCAAUAGCAAGGAUACAACGCUCCGAGCACGCGCGGGCAGGCGAGUCGUCUUCGCAUGCGCGAGCAGUCUGCUUCAUGUACUCGGACCUGAUCGCGGAAGUCUUUCUUUCGCAACUCAAGCCGACCUAGCGCUCCGCUGGAUUGUGGUCAUACGGCUUACGCUGAGGCGUGAUUGGUCUUGGGAUGGGAUGCCUUUGGAUGGCAUACGCGUAUCGAGGGGUGGAACUGCCAUUCUCUUCUUUGCUCCGACACACAGUGUAACCGAAGACGCCUUAGCUGCUUCACCGGACCGUUCAAGCAGCGACAUCGUCAUCGUCGAUGUAAUCGAUCCGAACCCUCGUCCAGGCCAGAAACCGACCGAAAUUAAUCUUCAAUACAAGAUCGACGCCAAUUUCCUCACUACUGCCACUGCCACCAGCGAUGCACCCUUGGAGCUUUCAAUCCGGCUACCAAUCACCACCCCGCCGACCCAGGUCCCGGAGCUGGUCUCUGUGGGGGUUGCCAUGAGCCCCUACGAACACGACCCGUCGUACAGCACAACGAUGCCGCGGAAGAAGAUGCUCUGGGUCGAAUUUGCGUCACCGCUAGAGGACGAUCAAGACCGGUACUUCUGCCGCGUGCUGAAAUAUGCUCCGGAUCCGUUACUGGUGCCGUCGCAAUACGACAUCGAGGAUAGUCAGGAGCCGGGCAUGCCUCUGGAUCCCGAAAGCGUUCGACAGAUCGUACCGGGCCAGAGCUCAGACUUUGCAGGGCAGGACUCGAUGCAGCAACUCAUUCCCACGACCUCUCCCCUGCACUGGGUCCUGCCGCUGCCGAUCGGGAUAGCCGACGACAGCUUGGAGCUGCUUGGAUUCUGGACCUAUGAGUUGCGCGUCGGUCAUUUUAAUGACGAAACACACACGAGAUGGUGCACUGCGCAGGGUCGAUUCGGCGCGCCAUUGCGGAUAACUGGUGUGCAGCACCCACCGCCAACGUUGACCUGCUCCUUGAGCCGCGACGGAACAUUCAUAACUAUAUCGGCCCCAUUUGCGAAGGCGGCGCAUAACGGCAAGGUCCUAAAAGUGGGCAUGCCGAAGACUAAAAUAUGGUUCCUCUUGUAUGCACAGGUCGCGCAGGUUGAUGGCGAUGGUAAGCGCAAUAUCCUGCUUGAUCGACGCGCGGGAUCCAGCGGCGAAGGCGGAGUCGUCCCUUCGACAGCAAGAUUCCGGGUUGAGGGUGACCAUGAGCAGAAUGGGUUGAAUGUGCUCCUGGCCACGUACGGGCUGAAACGGGGGACGCCGUUGACUAUUGCGAGUGGAUACGGAGCAGCGCCGAGCCAAUUGGGAGCUGUCGGCGGUCUGCACCCUGACCAACCACCCAACUUGCCCGCGCACGCCGCAGAGACGACGCCGCAUCCCUCCGCUGCUUCCUCCGCUUCAUCCUCCCCUUCAUCCUCCAUGGAGACGCCUCCUACGACGGUUGCUACGCCUGCUGCCUCUGUUUCCCCAGACGCCCACGCACCGCUGAAGCGCAAACGCGACGAUAGCACCCAAACGUCUGCUAACGACGUGUAUACGCCGCCUUCGAAGCAGCCGCGGACGGAGACGUGCGGCUGGUGCCACAGAGACUUUUCUGCCAGUCCGCUGCGCUCUUCCAGCGACCCGAUUGCCCUCGCGCCGCAGCUAGACGCCCACGACGAGACCGGCGACAGCGAGGACGUCAACGACGACAUGCGCUCCACCAGUGUCAAGCGCAAAGCAUCCAGGAGUUCUCUCGCCGCAAGCGACACCGAAUCCAAAGCUUCCUCGUCCGCAACCGCCGCGCAUUACCGCACCAACGUCCUCACGAGAGCACGAUGCUAUGUGAGCUUCCGACGCAUCCCCGAGCCGCUGCGUAGCUACAUCGACGCUAUCACAACACCUGCUCUUUCUCAGGAGCGGAAGACGCAGCUGGAUGUCAUUGCCGCGAAAGCCGUCGACGAAUACAUUGAUGCUCUGGAAGCCUCAGCACCAGGCGAGGAUGACUGCAUUGCACCUUUGCAGGGUGCACUGAAGGCGAUGGACCAGCAUCGUCGUCUUCACUUGCCGACCAAGGACGACUGGAAGCCAGAGCUCAAGCCUGAGGUCCGGAAACCGCGGCUCAGCUUUGCGCCGGAAGCAGCCCCAGCGUUGCCGUCGAAACGCCACCAGCCGGCCACAUCGCUGCCACUGGAGGAUUCCACUGAAUUGCCCGUUCCCUCAUUGAUUUCGGAUAUACCCGGGUCGUCUGAAAGCGACUCCAUUUUCAUGCCGCCGCCCCCGCCCCGCCGUCCGGCGUCUCCAGUCAAGGACAGUGACGUCAAGACCCCGCGUCCAGACAUCACCGUUGGUUUGACCCGGGCUUUCGUCCAUCAAAAGCUUGUCGAUGCUCAUAUCCCUGGCAUAGAAGAUUGCACCGCAGCUGGCGAGUGGCUUGAUGACCUCGGGACCUACGAGGGGCUCUGCUCCAUGCCGACGGUGCGGGUUCACAACUUUCGCUUUCCGUUCCUCGUUCUUGAGGGCAAGUCGUACGCCACCGGUGGCGCAAGCGUCUACAACGCGCAGAACCAGGCCGUGGUUUCUGGAGCCUGUGGCCUCAAGAUACUCCAUCACUUGGAAACGCUGGCUCCCUCUCCAGAUCCUCCUGCAGCCUCUGAACUCCCGCGCAGCGAGGUUCCUCCAACUCAGCCAGGACAACCUGACGAAGAAAGCGGUGCCUGCUCGGACGAUGCGGCACAACCACUACCAGCCACCACUCCGCUCGUCUUCUCCAUAUGUACCCAAGGGCCCUCGUUAGAGCUCUGGGCACACUACACGACCGUCGUCGACAACGUCCGCACCUAUAACAUGUCUAUCAUAACAACAGGCUAUGGGACACUGCCAAAACAGCUAGCACCAUUCUUGGAGGCUUUAGAGGGUGUUAUGCGUUGGGCCGCGACCGAUUACAUUGAUCGAAUCGUCUCCCGCAUCGGAUCUUAUGCACGAGCAAGAGCAUCAGAGCCAGAAGUUGCGUAAGGGGAAUGUUUGAUGUUGGUGGUUUUGCGGGUACGCUUCAUGCCCGCCUCGCAACGUUGUCCCGCGGUCGGCCCUAUCCCCUGAAUCAUUUUCACUCUCCAGCGCUAUGAAGAGAUUAGCUCAUUCUUCAUCAUGCAGCGUAUCUAUUCUUCUCCUGGCGACUUUCGCAC